AUAAACAACAAACAAAUGGACAAGCUCUCUUGUUAUGUUCUUCUUCUAUUAUCAUCCUUUUGUUUUCAUUUGUGUCUUUCAGGGAAUCUAAACACUGGGUCUAACCAAGCUCUGAAUUCUGGGGGUUCUCCGGAUCCGGGUAAGCUUGAGUACCACAUGGGUCCUGUCCUUGCAUCGCCUCUCAAAUUGUAUAUAAUCUGGUACGGUAACUGGAACCAAACCCACCAAGACACCAUAAGGGAUUUCCUAAGUUCCUUGUCUUCUCCAGCUCCUCACCCUUCUGUUGCUGAGUGGUGGAGCACUGUCAGGCUCUAUGCUGACCAAACAGGUUCAAAUGUCACUGAUAGCAUUACCCUUUCGGGGGAGUUCUUUGAUUCCAAACUUUCCCAUGGUCCUCGUCUCAAUCGCUUAUCGAUGCAAGCCAUCAUAAAAAGUGCCGUCACUUCCCAGUCGAAGCCAUUGCCUCUCGAUCCUCGAAACGGCUUCUAUUUGGUGCUAAGUUCUGCUGAUGUCCUGGUUGAUGAAUUCUGCAGGGCGGUUUGCGCCUUUCAUUACUUCACCUUCCCAGCCACUGUUGGUGUAAUAGUUCCUUAUGCUUGGAUUGGUUACAGUGGAACUCAGUGUCCGGGCAUGUGUGCCUAUCCAUUUGCCUGGCCCGUGGGGAUGCCACCACCACCACCGACUGCAAACGGAGGUAACAACGUAAUUCACCCACCGAAUGGGGACAUUGGAGUCGACGGCAUGAUCAGUGUUAUAGCUCAUGAGCUAGCCGAAUCUGCGACUAACCCACUGGUGAACGCAUGGUAUGCUGGUGAUAAUCCAACUGCACCGGGUGAGAUCGCCGACCUGUGUAUAGGUACGUACGGUUCAGGUGGUGGUGGUGCGUACGUGGGUCAAGUUUCAACGGAUGCAGCUGGGAGUAGCUACAAUCUGAAUGGAGUUAAAGGAAGAAGGUUCAUGGUUCAAUGGGUAUGGAAUCCUGUAAAGAAAAGAUGCUUUGGACCUAAUGCCAUGGAUUAAAAGUGUACCGCGUAAAACAGCUUUGCCUCUUUCUUGCUAUCUAGGCAACAAGAAAGAUGGGCACUUAGAAGCAUAAGGGGCUGAUCGGCAAUAAAAUAAAAGGAGGGAGCAGCCAUAUUGACAAUUUUUGUAUGUAAUUCUGCGACAGGAUGGUGAUCCUUUGCUUGUUUAAUUCAUUUAUACUUUUCUUGCAUGCUAAAAAGGGAUGUACAGAAAACCACU